CAAGUGCGGAAGUGCGGUGGCAUCCUCGGUGACUGGCUUCCGGUUUGUGUGCAGCACCGGGCUCACAGAGCCACGUAACGGACGGGGGUCUGCAGCCAUGGCGGAUAGGAAGGCUAACGGUGGCGGAGCGUCCGCCCCCUCGUCAGGCACUAACUUACUCUUCUCCUCCUCGGCCACGGAGUUCAGCUUCAACGUGCCCUUCAUCCCCGUCACACAGACCGCCGCCUCCCCGGCUUCUUUGCUCUUACCCGGAGAGGACUCCACAGAUGUCGGUGAGGAGGAUAGCUUCCUUGGUCAGACUUCUGUUCACACAUCCACCCCACAGACAUUCAGUUACUUCUCUCAGGUAUCAGGCAGUAGUGAUCCUUUUGGGAACAUUGGACAGCCACCCUUGACGACAUCAGCAGUGUCAGCCGGACAGUCAGCACUUCCCAAGCCCGUAGCCACACUCCCUUUUGCAGCUGGAUCCCAAGAUAUGCUGAAUGCCUUUCCACCAUCUGUUUCCAAGGCUCCCUAUGGUGCUGCACCUUCCUCACAGAUGGGAACAAGUACCUAUUUGCCUUCUCAGCCAAGUAGUCUCCCUCCAAAUUUUGGGAGCCCACCCCAGGGGAUUCCUCAACAAGGACAUAAUCCAUAUCGCCACACUCCUGUCAGCAGCCGGGCAAAUCCCUAUAUAACACCUCCACAACUACAGCAGUGUCAGACGCCAGGCCACUCCUCCUACCCUCCGCCUUCUGGACCCCCUGUGCAGACAUACCAGAUGCCGCCAGGACCACUGCCUCCGCUUCCUACAGCAGUGCAGUCACCAGCACAGCAAGUCCCUGCCAGACCCGCAGGACCCCUUGUGCCGGGGCCACCUCCUUUUGUACUUCAGAACCAGUACGAACCUGUUCAGCCACACUGGUUUUACUGCAAGGAGGUAGAAUACAAACAGCUCUGGAUGCCUUUCAGUGUGCUUGACUCUUUGAACCUCGAAGAGAUCUAUAAUUCAGUGCAGCCAGAUCCUGAGAGUGUGGUUCUAGGCACGGAUGGCGGACGCUAUGACGUGUACCUGUAUGACCGCAUGAGGAAGUCUGUGUACUGGGAAGAGGAGCCAGCUGAAGUGAGACGCUGCACUUGGUUUUACAAGGGGGACACAGACAGCAGAUUUAUUCCCUAUACAGAGGAGUUCAGUGAAAAACUAGAGGCUGAGUAUAAAAAAGCUGUAACCACAAAUCAGUGGCACCGCAGACUAGAAUUUCCAAGUGGAGAGACUAUCGUUAUGCAUAACCCAAAGGUUAUUGUCCAGUUCCAGCCUUCUUCAGUGCCUGAUGAGUGGGGGACGACACAGGAUGGACAGACAAGGCCCAGAGUUGUAAAGCGUGGAAUUGACGACAACCUUGAUGAAAUUCCUGAUGGGGAAAUGCCUCAAGUUGACCAUUUGGUGUUCAUGGUGCAUGGCAUUGGGCCUGUAUGUGACUUGCGCUUUAGAAGCAUUAUUGAAUGUGUGGAUGAUUUUAGGGUGGUUUCUCUCAAGUUGCUGCAGACACACUUCAAGAAGUCUGUAGAUGAAGGGAAAGUCAGCAGAGUGGAGUUCCUGCCAGUUCACUGGCACAGCGCCCUGGGUGGGCAUGCCACGGGUGUUGACAGGAAUAUCAAGAAAAUUACCUUGCCAAGUAUCGGUCGGUUCCGGCACUUUACCAAUGAGACUCUGCUAGAUGUUUUAUUUUACAAUAGUCCUACCUACUGCCAGUCAAUUGUGGAGAAGGUGGGAGUGGAGAUAAACCGGCUACACUCACUGUUUAUGAGUCGGAACCCAAACUUCAAAGGAAAGGUCUCGGUUGCUGGUCACAGUUUAGGUUCUUUGAUACUGUUUGACAUAUUGUCUAAUCAAAAAGAUAUGAGUGUCUCUAAGUCUCCAGGAUCUGUGGCUGUUUCAAAUGGAGUUAUGAAACAUUCAAAUUUUCAGGAAAAGCAGAUAUCUGAAGAGUCAAAGUUGAUGUCCGAUGAGUCAUGUGACCUUGAUGUUGAAGAUGAAGAACCCCUAACUUUGCAUGGAACCCUGGAAGCACUCAGCCUGUGUGAUUACAUUAGCACUUUUGAAAAGGAAAAGAUUGAUAUGGAAUCUCUGCUUAUGUGUACAGUUGAUGACCUGAAGGAGAUGGGGAUACCCCUUGGGCCCAGGAAGAAGAUAGCCAAUUUUGUAAAACUUAAAGCAGCCAAACUGGAGCAGAAAAAAGCAACAGCAGAAAAGAAGGCAGCGCUGACUGCUUUGACAAAAGGACAAGAUGAGAAUGUUCCAAAAACUAAGGAAAUGGCAUCUCCAUCUUCAGAAGCGAACGAGUCCAAGAGGAAGCUCUCAGUUGGGGCUUAUGUGUCUUCUGUACGGGUUGAUUAUGAAUCUUUUGAAGUUGGCACAGGACAGGUUUCUGUUGCUUACAGCUCAUUAGACUUUGAAACGGAGAUUUUCUUUGCCCUGGGCUCUCCAAUUGGCAUGUUUCUCACUAUUCGAGGUGUGGAUAGGAUCGAUGAGAACUAUCGCCUCCCUACCUGCAAAGGCUUCUUCAAUAUUUACCAUCCGCUCGAUCCAGUGGCAUACAGAUUAGAGCCCAUGAUUGCUCCAGAUUUGGACUUAAAAGCUGUUCUCAUUCCACAUCACAAAGGCAGAAAGAGACUUCACUUAGAGUUGAAAGAAAGCCUUUCUCGAAUGGGAUCUGAUUUGAAGCAGGGCUUUAUCAGCUCUCUGAAAAGUGCUUGGCAAACACUCAAUGAAUUCGCCCGUGCUCACACCUCUUCUACUCAGUUGCAAGAAGAACUAGAGAAGGUCGCCAACCAAAUCAAAGAGGAAGAGGAAAAGCAUGUAGUUGAAGCAGAAAAGAUUGUUGAAAGUCCAGAAUUUUCCAAGGAUGAGGACUACUUAGGAAAGGUUGGAAUGUUAAAUGGAGGCCGCCGGAUUGAUUAUGUUCUUCAAGAAAAGCCAAUCGAGAGUUUUAAUGAGUAUCUUUUUGCACUUCAGAGUCACUUAUGUUAUUGGGAAUCUGAAGAUACUGCCCUCUUGUUACUUAAAGAAAUUUAUCGAACAAUGAACAUUAGUCCAGAGCAGCCCCAGCAUUGAGUAGACUUGCAUUUACUGGGGAGUUCCAGCGUGAGUGUCACUGCCGAGAGGCUCCGUGAUGGCUGCUCCGUCUUCGUCUAUGGCAGAUGGCAGAAAAGUGACUCAGCAACAGUUGCUAACGUGGACUUCUCAGAUGUAGGGAUUUGUUUUUAAAACAGAACAGAAAAAUGCUGAAAAAAAAAUCAAUACCAUGUUUGGACAAUGUAGAAGAAAAACUGCAACCAUAAAAUGAUGCUGUGGGAAAUUCUCAGAUCUGUUUAGUUAUAUAGUUAUCUAAAUUAAGUAUAUCCUAAUGAAGAGAUAUUUGUAGCAUGCAAAUGGUUAUUUCUAUUUCUUAAAACUAUUCUCAAUGGGCUAUUAAACUUAUAUUUUUCUUUGUAUUAAUGCAAUAUGUUAUUUUUAUUUGGACUUCUUGAGAAACUACAGUAACAUGAUUUUUAAGAAACUUAGGCUAGGCAUGGUGGGACAUGCCUUUAAUCUCAGCACUUAAGAAGCAAAGACAGGUGUAUCUCUGUGAGCUUGAGGUCAGCUUGGUCUAUACAGCAAGUUUCAGGACAGUCAGAACUACACAGUGAGACUAUCUCAAAAACAAAAAGAAAAGAAACUUGUGCUGUCCUUUAAAUGUGAAUUGCUUGGAGCUGGAGCUGCCCUGUGUGACAAGGCCGCCUGCCUCACCCCACGCUGGUCUGUCCCAGCUUUCUGCCCUGAGAACCCGCUGCAGGAGCGAAGCACUUUUCACUCUCCAGGACUCUGGCGAUGAUCUGCUCUCUCCUGGCACGCACACAUCCCCUGGGAGGUGAGCAGAUAGCAGGCUUUCCCAGGGAGCCGAGGUCCAGCUAAUGUGAGAAGCAGAGUGGAAGGCCUGGUUUUGCUUUGACCUUCCUUUCACCCGUGGGUUUGGAAGGCUGCAGAGCUGCCUGAAGCCAGCUCGGCAGCACCAUUGUUAACUCUACCCUCACUCUCUAAACGGUUCCUACAGACUCUGGGGAUGCCGAGUUCCUCUUUUGUUACAUAGCAGAAACAUUUUAUGUCGUUUACAUAGUUCUCAUGGAACAUGGAGUUUUUUUGAAAGCAACAUAUAAUACACAUUUUUGUGUAUGUGUUCUACCUGGUGUGAAUAAAACAAUAACACUGAUGACCUUU